GAGAGAGAGAGAGAGAGAUAUGCCACCGUACAUAAGACCAAGGCAGGAAAUCAUACAUACUCAUCCACAGGAUAUCCAAUACGUAGAAAGACACACGCACACAGACACACGUUAGCAGCCAUGGGUAGGAGAAGCCUGCUGUCUCUCCUGCUCCUUGUCCUGCUGGUGUUCGGCUACGGCCCUCGCCCCAGCCUAGCCAAGUGCAAAGCCACCAACCCCACAGAGGUGUACAAAGGAGAGAAGGAGAUUACUACAAAGCAUUCAGAGAACGGGGAAGCGGUGUAUGUCACGUCCUUCUCCGUGCGGCCAUUGAGUGGUUUCCAAAGUGUCAAUCUAACAGCGACAGCAGAAGCAGAGAAAGAUGGAAGCAAGCAGACUGUCCUAUUCUCUCAUCUCAUCACAGCAGACAAGUGUUUCAAGAAUGACAAGUGGAUGAAAGUGUCGAUGUGGGCGGACUUGGGAAAAGAUCCUACACUUGGGUUUCGCGUUGGGGAUUGCUGGAAGGAAUGCAGAGCCGACUUAGGCACCGCCACGACAGGGAAGCUUACUUUACGGUGGCUUAAUGUCACCGCGCGUGGCCGAUCCAAGUGGACCAACGAAUUGUCAGGUAAACGUUGCAUCAAACAACUGGGCCAAGGCCGUCCCUCAAACGUCCCCAAUUGUGGUUCCCAGAUUCUACAGCCCCCCUCGUCAUCCACCCAGACGACUCUACAGCCCCCCUCGUCAUCCACCCAGACGACUCUACAGCCCCCCUCGUCAUCCACCCAGACGACUCUACAGCCCCCCUCGCCAUCCACCCAGACGACUCUACAGCCCCCCUCGCCAUUCACCCAGACGACUCUACAGCCCCCCUCGCCAUCCACCCAGACGACUCUACAGCCCCCCUCGCCAUCCACCCAGACGACUCUACAGCCCCCCUCGCCAUCCACCCAGACGACUCAACAGCCCUUCCCAGCAUCCACAAAGACGCCUCUACAGCCUCCCUCAUCAUCCCAACCGCACACCAGCACAUCCACACAGCCGUCCUCUCCGUUCAGAUUGGUGGGGGCAAGCGUGGUGAUAGCGAGCGUGGUGGCGGUGACGGGGGCCAUGCUGGUGCUGAUAGGGGUGUGCUUGAGGAAGAAGAAGAAGAGGAAUGCCCCUGUUACGGACGCGGCAGGCAGCAGCACACACACGGAGGCGAGGGACAACAGCACGGUAAGGGUUAUAGAAAACGAAAUCUAUGAAGCCUUCAGCGACGGAGAGGGCGCGGCUGGCAGAACGACGGAAGUUAUAGAAAACGAACUUUACGAAUGUUAUGGAAAGAAAGCGGCUGGUGGAACGACGGAAGUCCAGGAAAACGAACUCUACGAACCUUUUAGCUGCACCCAAACGCCUGUUAGCGGAAGAACAAAGGUCAUCUUUAAAAACGCAGGCGAGGGAGAGAUGGAAGAAGAUUCAGGGGACUACAUUUAUGAAAUUCUUUAGUAAUUGUGUUAUGGCUACAGAUUUACAUAGAUUUACAUAAAUAUUCAGAUCGCAUGGAGCCCAUGGCGGCGUGCUGCAGAAUGGCGCGCGAAAUUCAAAUUGCUGCUUUUAAAUUGAGUUUUUGCGCCCCAGGCACGGCCAGGAUCUCGAAGAAGUAAACGGCCUGCCCAGGGUCGUCCCAAGCACGCGUGGAGUCAGGGCUUCAUGGCGUGUUUGAGGGAGAUUCGUGAAUUUUCUUACUGAAAUUGGAUGUGUUGGGCUAAACCUGAUUCCUGUGACUCUGUGGACUGCAAAUCAGUUGUCGCACAACAGAGUCAAGUUUAACAAAUUUACAAUGGAACAAUAUAGCUACUAUGGCACCCUCGGAAGUUAGGAGAGGGCGGGAGACACAGGGCAGAGUCAACGCUGUGGCCGGCGGGCAGGAUGCGAGGUGCUGGCUGGACGGGACAGGGAUUUACGAGCCUCGCACUCUACGAGGUGCUUAGGGUCUCGUGAUUCAGUGUGUCUCGUGACGGCCACCGCAGGCUUGCACCAAGGAGACUAUAAUGAUAUUCUAGUCUCCUUGGCCUGCACGCACAACCCUAGGUCCGGGGUCUUCAACAAAUGCGAGUUCGGAAGUUAGGCGAGGCUCGAACAUUCACGGCGGGGACUUCGCCUUUGUACUUUAGCGAAUAUUUAGGACAGACAAUAAAACAAAUACGAUAAAACACUGUGAGCGGGCACGGGUGUUGGUGGGCAUGGGCGUGUCCUGCCAGGCGUGCCCCGCGAGACGGGAACCUUUGAUUUUAGAUGUGUUAAGUGUACGUUUACUGUCUUUGUGAACUGUAAGUAAGUAAGUAAGUAAAUAUUUAUUGCCUUUAAAGUAUAAGAAUAUUGUUAUAUAUAAGUAUAACAUAAAACAUGGCAAUGGCACAGCCUGUCAAGCCGAAGCUUCCCGACAGACAUGGAAUUAUAUUAUUUUAUUUAAUGUUUACAUUGGCACAAAAUUGGUACCUAAUAUAUUAUUAACUAACGUAUAGAACAAUAAGAAUAAUUAUAAUAAUAUGUUGCUGAGAAUAACAAUAACAAUAUCAAUUAUAAUAAUAAUAAUAAUAAUAAUAAUAAUAAUAAUAAUGAACAUUACACUUGUGAAACUAAGUUCAUAUCACACACUACAUUUGAUUACUACUUUGACAAUUAUAUAAAUAAGUUUUCACAGAUUUUUUAAAAAUGGAUAAAUUUAUAUGAUUGAGAAGAGUCUUAAUAUGUAGAGGCAAUGAAUUCCACAUUUGGGGACCUGAGUAUAAUAUACUGUGCUUAAAGAGAGAAGUUCUGAACUGUGGACAUAUGAGAUUGAUAUCAUUACCUCGAAUGUUGUAUGAUGUGUGUACCAGUCUGAAAGGCUGACCUCCACAAUACUGUGUAAGGCACUUGUAAAUGCUUAACAAUAAAAAAUAUUUAUGAAUAUUUGGAAAACUAAGAAAAUUUUGUGUAUUAAUUAUAUUUCGUGUUGACUCAAACCUACUCAUAUAGAAUAUACACCUAAAAAUUUAAUUUUGAGCUACUGAUAUUCUCUUAAUGAAGGACUGCCAAGUACAGGCCCAGACUGAUACACAAUAGGUGAGAUGGGGAUAACAAAGUGUGUAAUAAAUACUAGUGAGGGAUUCAGGUGUGAGAUUAUUGCGGACUCUGUAUAAAAUACCGCACAUCCUUGCUGAUUUAUUUGUGACAAAUGAAAUAUGUUGAUUCCAAUUCAUAUUCUCAUCUAUGUAAACACCCAAAAAUUUUGUGAAAUUUACUCUGUCUAAUGUGUUUCCCUCUAUGGUUAUAGAAGGAAUGUUAUAUUGUAAUGAACGAUUUUGAAAAAAUAUGUAAUUAGUUUUUGCAAUAUUCAGACUCAAAUCAUUAAUUUUAGUCCAAUAAUUAAUUUUUUCUAGUUCUGUAACUAAAUUUAUAUGAAGAUCGUUAAUGUUUACAUUAUCUAAUAAAAGAUUUGUAUCGUCAGCAUAAAUCGUAUAUUUGAAUUUAGAACUUACAUUAACAAUGUCGUUUAUAUAGAUGAGAAAGAGUAUCGGUCCUAAUAUUGACCCCUGCGGUACAGCCUUGUUGAUUGCCCUAAAAGAAGAAUACGUGGCGUUGCAAUAUACAGCUUGUGACCUAUUGGUUAAAUAACUUUCAAAUAGUUUUAAGGGAAUACCUCUAACGCCAUAGUGACUUAGCUUACUCAAUAAAAUUUUGUGAUUCAAUGUAUCGAAUGCCUUAGAUAAAUCUAAAAAUAUUCCAAUUAAAUAAUGUUUCUUUUCUAAAUACUGAUAUACAUUAGAUAUGAACUGUAAAAUAGCUGUUUCUGUGGAACGACCUGCCCUAGACCCAUGCUGGUAGUCUGUGAGUAGAUUAUUGUUUUAAAAAAAAAUUACAAGACGGGAAGUAAUAACUUUUUCAAAAACCUUGCUAAAUGCUGGAAGUAUUGAAAUAGGUCUAUAGUUUUUAAUAUCGGAUCUACUGCCUGAUUUAAGUAGUGGUACAACUUUGGCUUUUUUAAGUGCAUCCGGAAAUAUUCCAGUUUUUAACAUCGGAUUCACUAUGUGUGUUAAUGGAAUGGACAUAUUAUUAGCUGUGCGUUUCAAAACAAUUGGGGAAAUAUCAUCAAAUCCGGAGGAAGAAGUUUUAAAUGCCGUAAUAUAUUUUUCAAUUUCUAAGUUUGUGGCAGGAAAUAAAUACAUAGAAAAAUUGGGAGAGUUGUGUAAAUAAUUUAAAAAUUCAUUACCUACAGUUUCUGCUGCUUGCUGACUUGCUUUCAAAAAAUGUUCAUUAAAUUUAUCUGGAAUGUUGUAACAAAUUGAUCGUAGCUCAA